AGCAGCGAGGAUAGCGUGGCUGAAGUAAGCCUCUGUAAACAAGCACGUUUGGAAGAAGAGUUGCUACAGAGUGUCCCAGCCAGAGAUCUUGUGAAAAAGGUGUUGUUGGAUAAACCUGGUGGAGCAGCAGUCCUGAAGGAGUAUGAGGACACUGGAAGUAUUUGUGACAGUUCCAGGCGACAAAUGGUCAACAUUUUAGCUGCACACAUGACUGAAACCGAAGGGAGAGUUCCACAACGGCUGACAAGGGAGAAAUAUGCCCUUGGUAUCAUAACCUUGUUCCCAUCUCUGAAAGACCCAUUGUCUAGGAAAGGCUAUGAACACUUCUAUGAUGCCCAAAGUGGGUCGGGUUUCCUGGCCUGGCGGCUGAAGACGAUCCAGAGGAAGACGAAGCUUCACUCUCCAACUCCAAAUAACCCCAAGGCUAUGACAGGAGGGCCGACAUGCGCCAGGGACAUCGGCCAGGGCGGUGAGCAGGAUGAAUCGUGCAAGGAGACCAUUUCCCUCAUGACCCACACGAAUGACAAUGACAUCAUCUUCCAGAAGAUGCGCGAAACCUUCGCAUAUAGACAGAAACUUAUCCACAGCCCAGACACUUCGGCCAGUGUUCUGUCAGUUUUCCCGAGAUUGUUGGACACGAAAGGAUUGGUUCUUCAAGAUUUCAGCCUCCUUUUUGGAUCAGAGAUAUCCACCAGGCUUCUUGAAAGGUGGCCUUCCUACAAGCCCAAGCUCAUCAAAGAAGCAUCGUCACUUGCCCAAACACCACUGUUGCAGCGACUGUUGCAGUCGUCAUGCCAGAGCCUUGAUGAGCACCUUGAUGCAGAUGACCGUCGACAGCCAUAUCUGCUUGCUUCAGGACUCCACAAGAAAGCCAUCAGCAACUACUACAUCGUCAUGGAUAAGAAGCUAAUUCCUUGCCAAGGAAACACUUCUCUGGCGGCAUUCGACGAGCUCUUCAAGGUCCAUUUCGUUUUCAGUUUGAGCUAUGAUGAGAGUCUCCACACAAUGUUCACCUUCCUUCAGACCACGGUGUACAACAUCGACGUGGGAAGUACCAGAGAGUCCCCUAAAAGAUUUAAUCCUGCCUUCUCCUUUCACCUGUCACCUGUGCGAAGGCUUCCCGAGACCGAGGCCAGCUACCAAGUCUCGUUCAACACAUGCUUACUGUACUACACCAAGCAAGGGCAAACAAGUUUCCGGAACGAGAGCGUGUGGAUGCUGGCGCGCUUUAGCUGCCGCUGCUCGCUUUCUUCCACUCUUUUCAACCAAAACAAACUACCCCACUAA